CAUAAAUUGUCAGUACACAAACUCAUGUACGUAUUGUCUUGAUCAGAUGGUUACACAACACGUCCCGGAACCACACCAUCUUGCCAUUUUAAGGACUCUAAAUUCUUUUUCUUUCUUUAUUCCUUUGUAUUUUGAACAAGAUUUGAUCACAACCACACUUAUCUUUCCUAUAUAUUACUUUUCGCACCAAAUUCUUAUGCUUUCAGGAUAUUAUCAAAUCUUUUAUGUUCAGCAUGAUAUACCCAACCUACCCACAUCAGGCCACCAUUGUCUCUACUUCCGUAAUUAUUAAUUAUUAGAAAAACAAAAUAAAUAGGGAGAAGAAUCAGAAUCUAUGGCGGCAGACACCCAUGCUAUAUCAUGCAUAGUUGGAUUCAUGGAUCAACUGUGGUUUCAACAAAUCAUAUUUUUCCCAAUAAACCUCCAACAAGAAUCAUCAUCAUCUUCGUCCAUGGCUGCCUCAAUUUCAGAAGAAGAACAACUUUUAUCAAACACUUCAUCAGCACACACCUCUGAUACCCAACUGACUUCAGAGGAAAACUCAUCACUGAUUAGUUCGAUUCAGGAUGAUGACGAGUGCAAUCAGUACGACAGUGAUGAUGAGAAGGAAGAGGAAGAGACGCAACCGAAAAGAACAUUAAAUCGCUCCGGCAGCGGAAACGUCGGUUGCCGCCACUCAUCGAAUUCACCGUCCGGCGGUCGGAAACGGAGAUCGGACAUGUACCCUGUUUCGCGAAGGAGAUUAAGCAAAACCAUGAGUUGCAAAAGCCUGUGCGAGCUUGAGCUUGAAGAAGUAAAGGGAUUCAUGGAUUUGGGUUUCACUUUUGAUAAACAACACUUGGAUAAGCGGAUGAUGAGCGUGCUUCCCGGAUUGCAAAGACUGGAUUUAGGCGACCCUGAAACUCGUAACAGCAGCCAUGAAAUUGAAGAGGAAGAAGUUCUUAACGAAGAAGAAGACGAGGAAGUAAAUAAACGGGGAAAUAGAGUAAUCAAGCGGCCAUAUCUAUCGGAAGCGUGGCUGGUAAAAAGGCCGGAUUCGCCAUUGCUGAAUCUGAGGGUUCCGAGGGAAUCAACGGCGGAUGAUAUGAAGAAACACCUCAAGUACUGGGCUAAAACCGUCGCUUCAGCUAUUCAACUUGAAUGUUGAGUUAAUUUUGUUGAAUCCGGCCGGCCGUUUCUUUUCACUACUACUAGUUUACUACUCAGUAAAAGCUUAGCAGUACAUAUAUGUGUAUACACGAUGAAUAAAACAACCGGAGUUUUAUGGCGCCGACAAUUUGCAACUGUAGAAAUGAGAGUUUGGCGUGCUGAAAUGAGGACGAGAAAAUCAAAGAGGUAAUAAGAAAGUGUGGUGAUUAUUUGUGCAUGAACAAGUGUUCGUUUUUUUUUUUUUUUGGUUGUUCCCUGGAUGUUUUGAAGAUUGACUACCCAGGGUCGUCAAUGGAGAAAAAAUGUACUCCGUUCGUCCCAAAAUUAUUGUCCAGAUUGCAUUUUCAUUUUUAGUUCAAAUUGUACUAUAAUUGAAAAUACAAACUGGACAAUAAUUUUUAGACAGAAGAAGUACAUUUUUCAAUCAUUCUAGUAUCAAAUUAGUCGAUCGGUGCCUUAAUUAGUUUCAAACAGUGUAAAGGAUUUGUCUAGGAGUAUCUUAGAAGGUCAAUACAAGAACUUUUUUUUGUGUAAACUGAAGUUUUAUAUACGGCAUAUAUACAACUUCACUUCAGUUGUGAGAACUCUUUACAUGUUCAUAUUCUCUACUGUUAAUAGUAUCAAAAGUAUUGCAUAAAGGCAUCAUCGAAAUAACAUUUUGUAGUAUAAGAAGAGGAACGUGAUUGAGAGAUGAGAAGGGGCAGGCGUCUGGUUAGUGUUCACACGAAUUUGAGUUUGGUAGCCACUAGUCAGGCGCGGGGAGAGGACAGGCACUCCAAACUCAUUCUUGAGGGUUGGCCUUCAUCAGAUACGCUUGCAAAGGAAGGCCCUAAACGAAAAUGGGGAAACCUUUUGGACUCGACACAGUCCCUAUCACUAUAUUUUAAGUUUGAUAAUAAGAGUAACAAACUUUUAGAUAUUAAACGGAGAUGAAUCUUUUGGACUCCCUCGUUCCAAUUUUGCACUAUUAAUUUUGCAGCCUGUUUUUCCUUGGGGCACCAACAUCAUGCAUGCUUUAGUGUAUUGAUAGUAGUACACCCAUGCAUUAGUGGUGUUGAAUGAAGCUAAGAUUACCAUUGGUUUGGUGCUGGACACCAUCGGAAAAUCGAAGCCUACCGGAGCUUCAGGCGCAGAUUGACAAUCUGGAGAACCAACCAAGUGGGCUGAGAGAGAAGGAACUGACCCUGGGUAACCUUGGAAAAACUGAAACCUGAGUAGGAAGUGAGGAGCCUAAAACCUGAAUUUGGCAUUUUGGCAAACGCACAACAAGAGAAUCUCCUGUUGAAAGUUUGAAACUGAAACUAAAAGCCGUUGAAUCAGAAGUAAAAACUAAUGUAGAAGUCCAAGGGAUGGGAUAGUGGGAAUAUCUGAAAGGAAACAUGCAGAUAUGGAAGAGAUCAUGCAGUCUGCAAAAAUCCUGG